UACGCGCUGCACGCGGCUGACCAGCCUGACCAACGCUCAGGGCUGGGGUUGGGGCUGACCGAGGAACAGUGAGCAGACAGACAGGCGCCCAGUGGCCGCGAGCUCCGCGCAGGUCCCAGCCAGGCUUGCACCCAGAGGCCAACCGCAAACGGUGCGGGGCGGAAUCUUUUGCGCUCCGGCGGCCCCUGCUCCGGUGCCAGCGCCCGGUGGCCUCCGCCUCCAAAGUGCUUGCUGCCUUUCGCCUCCUCCGGUCCGGGACCAUGAAGCUGCUGCCGUCGGUGGUGCUGAAGCUCUUUUUGGCUGCAGUGUUCUCGGCCCUGGUGACCGGGGAGAGCUUGGAGCGGCUUCGGAGAGGGUUGGCAGCUGGAACCAGCAACCUGGACUCGCCCACUGAAUCAACGGAUCAGCUGCUGGCCUUGGGAGGCAGCCGGAGCCGGGAUGUCCAGGACUUGAAAGAUGCAGACCUGGACCUUUUCAGAGUUGCUUUCUCCUCCAAGCCACAAGCUCUGGCCACACCAAGCAAAGAGGAGCGUGGGAAAAGAAGGAAGAAGGGCAAAGGACAAGGGAAGAAGAGAGACCCGUGCCUCCGGAAAUACAAGGACUUCUGCAUCCACGGAGAAUGCAAAUACGUGAAGAAGCUCCGGGCCCCCUCCUGUGUCUGCCACUCAGGUUACCACGGAGAGAGGUGUCAUGGACUGAGCCUACCUGUGGAAAAUCGCUUGUAUACCUAUGACCACACGACCAUCCUGGCUGUGGUCGCUGUGGUGUUGUCAUCUGUCUGUCUGAUCGUCAUCGUGGGGCUUCUCAUAUUUAGGUACCACAGAAGAGGAGGCUAUGAUGUGGAGAAUGAAGAGAAAGUGAAGUUGGGCGUGACUACUUCCCACUGAGAGAGACCUGUGCUCAAGGAAUCAUCUGGGGAACGCUACCUCUGAGAAGACACAAGCUAAUUGCAGACUCUGCAGAGGGGAAGGGCUUCACAGCUAGCCAUGAAGACUCCCUUCGUCCCCAGUUGCUAUCUAGAUCAGGUCUCUCUCAUAAUAGCUUCACCAAAAUACCAGAGCCUUCAAGUGCCAAACAGAAUAUAUUCAACCGGAUCUGGGUCAGAAGAAAGCAGAAAUGAGAGACCUUCACGCCCUUCCGAUUCCCUUCCACCAAGCCCUACUUACCCCAUAAGUUUGUUUAAACUCUUAUCCUCUGGAUUCAAAUGCCAGUUAAAUUCCAUAUGCUCCAGGAUCUUUGACUGAAACAGAAAACGAAGAAGAAGGAGAGAAAGAAGGAAAGACCUGUGGACUGGGAGAAGUAACAAAGGCUGAGAAGCCAUGUAUUCAAGUAGCCACCAAGGGGUCUGCUAUUUGGACUCCCCUACCCCCAGCUCUGGAUUUGAUGAGCUAACUGUGAAAUACCACAAGCCUGAGAACUUUGAAUUUUGGGACUUUUACCAAGAUGGAAAAAUAACAACUAUUUUUUGUUUGUUUGUUUGUUUGUAAAAUGCCUCUUAAAUUAUAUAUUUAUUUUAUUCUAUGUAUGUUAAUUUAUUUAGUUUUUAACAAUCUAACAAUAAUAAUUCAAGUGCCUAGACUGUUACUUUGGCAAUUUCCUGGCCUUCCACCCGCAUCCCGACCAUCUGGCCCAGCUUCGCUCUUCUCUGCCGCCAAUCUGAGAUGGACUCUGUGACCUGUCUGUAGCCACCUAUCGUCUGUCCACAUUUCUGAAGAUCUUCCAUGAUCAGAGUGCCACCGGGGGACUUCUGUACGGUCAGGAUGUAGGAGUUGCCUUUGUGAGAUCCACUCUAUGAGUUGGACUGCAGUCUUGCCUAGGCAAUUUUGUCUACCUUUUGUGUUCUGAAAGCCCAAGGUGCUGAUGUCAAAGUGUAACAGAUACUGAUGUUUCCCUGUGUGUUCUCCGAAGAGGUUGGGCUGCCAUGUCUGAAGCUUUCCUGGGUCCUCACCCCCCGCCCCUGCCAUGGCCCCAGGCCCACAGAGUGGGAACUCAUUUUUCCUUGUGUCAAGACAUUUCUCUUACUCCUGCCAUUCUUCUGGUGCUCCUCCAUGCAGGGGUCAGGGCAGCAGAGCAUAGUCUAGAGAAGGUGUCAGCAAAGAAAAAGGCUGAGGAUGAACAGGAGACAUUGGAGCUGACAGUUCUUGGUAACUGAUAACCUACCAACCUACCAAAGGUUGGAGGUGAGGAAGGCUUUUGUGUAAACCCACCUUGACGAAACCACAAAGGUAUGCUGUCAUGGUCCUUUCUGGAAGUUUCUGGUGCCAUUUCUGAACUGUUACAAACUGUAUUUCCAAAACUGGUUCAUAUUUAUACUUUGCAAUCCAAAUAAAGAUAACCCUUACUCC